AUGGACGAGGCGUACGAGGUGCUGGAAUUGAUUGGUGAGGGGUCUUUUGGUCGUGUGUUCAAAGGUCGAGACAAACGGUCAAAUCAAACCGUGGCUUUGAAACUCAUCCCAAAAGUGAACAAGAACCCAGCUGAAAUCGCCUCUUUACGCAACGAGUUCAAUAUCCAGAAGAAGCUUGAUCAUCCGAAUGUGGUCAAAAUUUUGGACGCCCUCGAAACAUCCAACGAGAUCAUCGUGGUGGCCGAAUUUGUCCCAGGUGAACUCCACAAACUGUUCGACCUAUACAAGGGCAGUCAGCCGGGUGGGAGUCGGUCUCUGCCUGAAGCUCGAGUUCGAGAAAUUGCCAUUGACUUACUGAUCGCCCUUUUCUACUUGCACAAGAACCGAAUACUUCAUCGCGACAUUAAACCGCAGAAUGUCUUAGUGGACAGUCAUGGUCGUGUCAAGCUCUGCGACUUCGGAUUCGCUCGCAACCUGAGCAUGAACACCCACGUUCUGACUUCAAUCAAGGGUACCCCACUCUACAUGGCCCCUGAACUCAUUGAAGAGAAACCCUAUGAUCAUGCUGCCGAUAUUUGGUCAGUGGGAUGCAUUUUAUACGAGCUCCUCGUUGGAUUUCCCCCAUUCUCAACGAAAAAUAUCAUUCAACUUAUCAACAAAGUGCGAUAUGACGCUAUCCAAUGGCCCAGUAACAUCACUGAAGUGUGUCUCGAUUUUCUUCAAGGCGUUUUGGACAAGGAUUCCCGUCGGCGAUUGAGUUGGCCCAAGUUACUCAAACAUCCUUUCGUGGCCGAACAUUUCAACCGCUACCCUCCGGAAAGCACCGUCCUUCCCAAUGAUGUCACUUCUCUCACUCAACCAUUAUCUGAAUCCGAGGAGCUAGCGAAGGAAAUCCAACGCCAAUCCAAGGCCAAGCUUUUGACUGGGAACUCUCAAACCCUGCUCAAAAUUGCAUACAAGUACGAUCAAGCUAGGCAACGCAUGGCCAACCAGACUCUGCUCAAUCAUCUUAGUCCCCAUCGGCGCUCCUCAUUUCCGGCGGCUCCACCCUCGGUGGUUCUCCCGCAACUCAACUUCAACAGCCAACAGAGGCGGCAUUCUGAUUUCGCUCAACCCCUCAGAAGGACCAAUCUCCUCGCGUCAACGGGAACAACGCAGGAGGAUCCCCAAUGCCGAAACUCGGUUCAUGUAGAAUCCCCUGAAUUACUUCCAUCGAACAAUAAUGCUUUGACCUCCCAAGCCCAAGUCCAGGAAUGCGGAUUCGAAAACGGGGAAUGGUGUGAAUUUUUAGACGAACAAAUCGGAGAGGCUUUAAACGAUCUAGAGGUGCUCAAUAACCAGAACUUUGUAGCCAUGGUAACGAGUCCUUUAAAAAAUCAAUUACUCGACCAGGAGGUGCUCAAGCGAGUGCUCACCUUACUUGCAACUCCUUGGGUCAACUGGAAAGAACAUGACGAAGGCCUUCGAUCUAGUGUCGUAUUGGGGUUUGUCUCGAUUGAGCUGAUUCGCUUGGUCGCCUCAUGUCUCUUAACGAUUAUGUCGGGCGAGAACCAAUUGGAAGACGUCUCGUGCCUUAUGAUCACGUUCAUCACACGCCUCAUUUACGAUAACGAAGAGAUGGCCAAACAAUUCAACGAGACGCCAGCCACCGUGAACUUGGGUAAGGAUGAUCGACACUACGUUUAG